AUGCAAGCUCUUUGGGAUUUCACGGAGUCUGUGUUCCCCAUACCACCCUCAGACAAAUGGAAUGUCAGGAGUCAACAGCGAAAAGGGGGGAAACUGGAGAAAGACCUUUUAGGGCCAUUUAAGAUUCUUGCAAUAGAGGGGAAAAAUGCAGACUUAUUAGGUGAAGAUGGAACAAAGUUCCUGAAAAUAAAUGUGGAUCAUCUUGUUCCCUAUGUGGAAGAUGUUCCACAAAUUCCUCACAAACCGCAAAAAUCCUUUAUUGCCAAGCAAAGUGAUGGAGUCCCUUCAUCUCCAGUCCCUCGGAUCCCUCCCACUCCUACAAAGACAGCAUCACGCCCACCGUCACCAUCUCCAGUACUUCAGAUCUCUCCCUCUCCUACAAAGACAGCAUCACGCCCACCGUCACCAUCUCCAGUCCCUCGGAUCCCUCCCUCUCCUACAAAGACAGCAUCACGCCCACCGUCACCAUCUCCAGUCCCUCCGAUCCCUCCCACUCCUCCAAAAACAACAUCAAGCACACCUUGCCCUUCACCAGCCUCUUCGUCAGCUGUUACAUACAUCUCCAAAUUUGAGAAAAGUGUUGACAAAGCUUGGUCUGGAAGAGUGUGGGACAAAAAAAGUCAACUUCUUGGCAAAAUUGGCCCUUAUAAAUUUUUCAACUGGGACAUCGGACGUCUUGCCCCUGGCAGACAACUAGAGAGUGAGGUUAUAAAUGCAUAUAUCUUUGCAAUGGUCAGAAAACACAAUCAAAUCAGCGAGGACAAAGCUUUUAUGAUUGAUUCUUUUGCUAUGGCCAAGGUGUGGCAGGGGUCAUACAACAUUCUCAGAAAGUGGAACCCCAAAGAGUACCAAAUGGUGCUUGGAGUGAUCGGUGAGCACGGACACUGGACUCUUGCUGUACAUUUGUUUGUAUAUACAUUUGGUUAA